AUGGAUGAGUGUAACGGGUGUCUUGCUGUUCAGGGACUUGUAGGGGAUAUGGGUAUGGAUGAGUGUUACGGGUGUGUUUAUGUUCGGGCACUUGUAGGGGAUAUGGGUAUGGAUGAGUGUUACGUGUGUGUUGAUGUUCGGGCACUUGAAGGGGAUAUGGGUAUGGAUGAGUGUUGUGGGUGUGUUGAUGUCCGGGCACUUGUAGAGGAUAUGGGUAUGGAUGAGUGUUACGGGUGUUUUGCUGUUCGGGCACUUGUAGGGUAUUUGGGUAUGGAUGAGUGUUACGGGUGUCUUGUUGUUCAGGGACUUGUAGGGGAUAUGGGUAUGGGUGAGUGUUACGGGUGUGUUGCUGUUCAGGCACUUGUAGAGGAUAUGGGUAUGGAUGAGUGUUACGGGUGUCUUGCUGUUCAGGGACUUGUAGAGGAUAUGGUUAUUUGUGAGUGUUACGUGUGUCUUGCUGUUCAGGGACUUGUAGAGGAUAUGGGUAUGGGUGAGUGUUACGGGUGUCUUGCUGUUCAGGGACUUGUAGAGGAUAUGGGUAUGGAAGAGUGUUACGGGUGUCUUGCUGACCCGGCACUUGUAGGGGACAUGGGUGUGGAUGAGUGUUACGGGUGUCUUUCUGUUCAGGGACUUGUAGAGGAUAUGGGUAUGGAAGAGUGUUACGGGUGUCUUGCUGUCCGGGCACUUGUAGGGGAUAUGGGUAUGGAUGAGUGUUACGGGUGUGUUGCUGUUCGGGAACUUGUAGAGGAUAUGGUUAUUGAUGAGUGUUGCGGGUGUUUUGCUGUUUGGGGACUUGAAGAAGAAAUGUUAUGGGUGAGUGUUACGGGUGUGUUGCUGUUCGGGCACUUGUAG